AUGAAUCAGUUCGUGUUAAGUGUGUUCUGUGUUCUACUGUGUGGAAAAGUUCUUUCUGCACCAGCCCCGCAGAACCCGGAAGGAACAGCUCAGGAUGUACAAACUGUUCGAUAUUAUAGUGAGAAUAAUGGACUCGAUGGAUACAAAUUUACCUACGAGCUGAGCGAUGGUCAGAUCCGGUCGGAGGUGGGAACGUACCGUGAUUCCAAGGACGCCGAGGGCAAGGACAUCAAGGUACUGUUCGUGCAGGGUUCCUACUCGUUCGUCGGUCCCGAUGGUAAAACGUACUGGGUGAACUACACUGCCGAUGAGAACGGCUACCAUCCGAAAGUUGGCACCGGUCCAACUGGAGGCAUCCAACCCGGGCAGGAUGCUCCGAUCGAAAGCGCUUAG